AUGAAUUUCUUUAAGGUUAUUUAUGUCUUCAAAAGCGCUUUGAAUCCCGGCAACCUCGAAAUCGGUGAUCAUUUGAUCAAGCAUGGAGAUGGUGUCAAAGACAUUGCCUUCGCAGUGGAGGACUUGGAUGCUAUUGUUGAGAGAGCACGACAAAGAGGAGGCAAAAUCGUGAAAGAAAUUUGGUCCGAAUCCGAUGACUCAGGAACUGUGCGAUUCGCCACGGUUCAAACGUAUGGCGACACGACGCACACCUUUGUGGAGCGUGGGACAUAUUCAGGACUUUUCCUUCCUGGUUACAAACCCGUUUUGGAAGAGGACCCAGUGUUGGCAAAUUUGCCUCGACCUGGACUGGACUUCAUCGAUCAUAUUGUGGGAAACCAGCCCGAUUUGGGAAUGGAAGAUGUGGCCAAGUGGUACGAAAAGACCCUGAUGUUCCACAGGUUCUGGUCAGUGGACGAUUCUCAGAUUCACACAGAAUAUUCAUCCUUGCGCUCCAUCGUUGUGGCUAAUUACGAAGAGACAAUCAAGUCGGAGGAAAUUUUCCAGAUUGCGAAUUUGACUGCGAGAGGAACGCAGUUCCUGAAAAUACCGGACACUUACUACGAGCAGCUCAGGGAAAGUCUGAAGACUGCCAAAAUCACGAUCAAGGAAGACAUCACAGAGCUUCAGAGACUCGGGAUCCUGAUUGACUAUGACGACGACGGCUAUCUUUUGCAAAUUUUCACAAAACCUGUCCAGGACAGACCAACUCUCUUUUUGGAAAUCAUUCAACGCCACAAUCACAAUGGAUUCGGCGUCGGAAAUUUCAAAUCAUUGUUCGAAGCCAUCGAACUUGAUCAAGCUCGGCGUGGAAAUCUUUAA